AUGGUAAGCUCUAAUUGUUCCACUGAGGACUCCUUUAAAUAUACUUUAUAUGGCUGUAUGUUUAGCAUGGUGUUUGUUCUUGGCCUCAUAGCAAACUGUGUCGCUAUCUACAUUUUUACUUGCACAUUAAAAGUGCAAAACGAGACUACAACUUACAUGCUUAAUUUAGCAAUAUCGGAUCUGCUUUUUGUGUUUACACUACCUUUCAGGAUUUAUUACUUUGUAGCAAGAAACUGGCCAUUUGGAGACAUACUUUGCAAGAUUUCUGUCACCCUCUUUUAUACAAAUAUGUAUGGGAGCAUUUUAUUUCUGACUUGCAUAAGCGUAGAUCGCUUUCUAGCUAUAGUACACCCUUUUCGAUCUAAGACUCUCCGAACCAAAAGGAAUGCAAAAAUUGUCUGCGCUGCAGUAUGGAUAACCGUGUUAGCAGGCAGCACACCAGCAAGCUUUUUCCAGUCUACAAACAGCCGUAAUAAUACCGAACAAAGAACAUGUUUUGAAAACUUUUCAGAGGACAUAUGGAAAACCUACCUAUCCCGGAUUGUUAUCUUCAUUGAAAUAGUUGGGUUCUUUAUUCCACUCAUCCUGAACGUGACCUGCUCUUCUGUGGUCUUAUGGACUUUGAAUAAACCGCUUACAUUAAGUCGGAAUAAGUUAAGCAAGAAAAAGGUACUCAAAAUGAUUUUUGUCCAUUUGGUGAUAUUCUGCUUUUGCUUUGUGCCUUAUAACAUUACCUUAAUACUUUACUCCCUUAUGAGAACACAGACGUGGAUUAAUUGUUCACUGGUAACUGCGGUCAGGACUAUGUACCCCAUCACUCUGUGCAUCGCUGUUUCAAACUGCUGUUUUGACCCUAUAGUCUAUUACUUUACAUCGGAUACAAUUCAAAAUUCAAUAAAAAAGAACCGGUCCACUAGACCACGGGACAUCAGAUUCUCUGAAAGUCCAGUUUCAGAAAACUUCAUUCAACACAGCCUUCAGACCAUAAAAAUGAAAAUAUUUGACAGUGACUCUACAAUAUAAACUGUAUUAAAAGACUACUGGGACUAAACUGGAAUUAGAAGCUUGCACAUUUCUUC